AUGCGUAAGACCGUUAAUCCGUUAAAGGCUGUACAGAGUGAUCAGAGUGAUCAGUCGUCUUGCGUAGAGAAGCAACAGCAUUCACGUCACUACGUAUCUACAGGUGCAAGUCCUGCUUCUCAUAUGCCCAAUUUGUCGACUCUUUCGCCAAUUUAUCCACUCCCAACGUCUCCAAACUCUGCGGCUUCUUCGACGGCUUGUGACGACGCUAUUGGCGACCUUUUUACGCGCUAUUUACCGACAUUCUUUGACUUUUUAGAGAAUUUUCAAUACGAAAAGGCGCUGCAGAUUCUGGAGGAAGAAGAAGAGACACAAUGGAAAAGUUGGGAUGCAUUUAAAGUGAUGCUGAAACUGGGGGCGUCGUGUGAGAGCACGUAUCAUUUGAUGAAGUAUUUGGAGGCUGAAUUGGUGCAGACAGAUACGAUUGAGAAAAUGUAUGACAAGUUGGUGCUACUGAUGAAUCAUCUGGUAGAUGAAUUGAAGCCCAUUGUGGCAAGACAGAGGCGACACUUUUCCGUCCAUACUUCAUCACCGAGUAGUAAUACCGGGAGUAGGAAUGAGAGUGUUAAUGGAAGCUGUUUAGGCAGAGAUGGAGACGAGAAUGGGUAUGGAAUGGACCACAUGCUUAUGAUGGACAUCGCCACGUGCGGCGACAUGAGCUACUACAUUGAAUUGCUUGAGCAAGGGGCUAAAUUUUUCUCGCAGCUUCGUGGUCCAAUGAUACAGAUAUAUCGUGGCCUGGCACUUUCGUCUGUGCCUCGCGACUACCAUAGUAUGCUGAAACGAAUGGAAUCCCUACUACUGUGCGUUGAUACGUUCAACCACCCGCUACUCGAAACGAUGAAGCAGUCGUUUAUCGAAGAGCUGAAGACGGUGCAUGCAGCUAUUCAGUGUGAAAUUCGGGUAGCGGAAUACGAUUUUACUCGCUCAAUAGUGGCUCUGCAUCGAUUCAAGGUUCAGCUACGGUCCUGGAGCGAUCACAUUGAUGCUGUUUCAGACUACCCGCUUUUCGAAGGCAGUGGCAUAGAUUUUGGCACCGGUGUUGACGGAGAGGGUCUGCUUCUUGAUGAAUCCGAUGAGAACUACGGUAUCACAUCGGAUUCAAUGUACUCCAACACAAGCUACCAGUCUUGUUCGUCACAUGCGCGCGAUCAUAUACGGAACACGAGCAUAAGCAAUGAUUUGUAUAAUGUCAUUAGUGGCGCUUCAGGCGGAGCAUCUUCAUCUCUUGUGGAAUCGUUGGCAUCCUAUAGUGAGCGGUUUGCCAACAUUAGCCGUGCCCCAUAUGAUGUUGCUGGAGAAAUGGCCAAGCUCGAAAAAUAUCAGUCGGGUGUACCUUGCAAUAGUAGUUCAAGUCCAGCUUUAUCUGAAGCGCAUAGUAGCUUCAGGCGCUUACUAUCACACAGCAACGUGUUACGACGGAGUGUUGGAUUGACGUCUGCUUUGCCCAUUCGACAUGGGUUUGUUCAGAAGCCAGGCGACCCGUACAUCGGCUUGGGUGGCGAGAACUCCUCUCUACCAGCUAACGCACUAGAGCAAGCUAUCUUAGGUGGUGAAGCAAGCAGUACGGGGGGAAGUGGAGGUGGUGCAGGCGCAUCUUUCGGAACUAGCCAAGGUGCUUCAAAUGGUGGAGGUAUUGUUGGUGGUAGUACAAAUCAAGUUGCUGCUGAAAUGAUGGCGUCCUCGAUUAAAAACCAGGAACGUGACGAUGGUUUUGCUCUACCCGUGUUUCAGUGGUCCAAGCGUUUUUAUCGUUCACUUGUGGCCAAAUUCACGCUUUACUUUCAUCAUUGGCUGGAGCCGUUCGAAAAGAAGACCGAUUAUCUGGCACUUGAGCUCUCUCGCUUCAUCAAGACACCGCUUGGAAUAUCCUAUCUACAAUUGAUGGACGUGUUGCUGUCUCGACGAUCCCACCGUGAGGACAGUCACGUGCGCGUUAUGCUUAUUCUUGAGACGCAAGCUCUUGAGAACAAGGGUGCACACUACUACAAAAACGGAUAUCGCUGUCCGAACUCGAGCAAUGCGCUAUAUACUUCUACAGAUCAAGAAAAGCAGGAUAAACAGGAAGGGCAGGCGAAGCACAACAGUACUGUAUCAGUUGGUUAUGCUGACACCCUCGGCACUAGCAGUCCUUCUCCUGCAUCUUCCAGAGGCGGAGGGGCAUCGCCUGCAAAUGGACGACGACGGUCUUUGGAUCACCACGUAAACCACGCUUUGUUUAUGCGGGUCGAUCGUGAGGAAAAUGAAGAACAGAACGAUUUCUCUGAGCUUUGGGGCCUUCGUAGUUGGCCAGCAGUAUUUUGCUAUCCCGAAGGUUCGUUACCUCCGCUUGCCCAUUGGCCGAACAUUGUCAGCCUCAUUAUGGAUAAUCGCUCUUCACUUGAUUCAGUUCGCCCCGUCUUCAUGCAUUCCGAGCGGCGACAAACGACGACGUAUCACAUUUCUCGAGUGGACGAUGCCAUGUACUUAGUUCUACUUGCAGAAGGAGUGAAGAAGUUCAGCGAAAAAGUUGCUCAGGACUUCAUGCAAAUUGUGACAGAAAACUUGCAGCACUCAGGAGUUUUUGCACCUCGCGUUUUGGUAUCAACCGCACGAGCUUCGACAUGA